GGCGGCAUAUUAUGCCACGGCGCCGCUCCCCGAGCGCCUGAUCUCGAACUCCAGCAAGGGUCCUGCGUCUCUCAUCCCGGCCGGCAACGUCGAGCUCCUGGGGUGAGUUCCUGGCGGAAUGGAGGUCUUCGGCCCCGUCACGCCAGGCCAGGUGUCAUUCUUGCUCGGUGUGUUCCCUGUUCUCAUUGCAUGGAUUUAUUCAGAAAUCUUGGAAUACCGAAAAUCGUCAUCCAUUAAAGUUCAUGCUGAUUCUAAUUUGGAAAAGGAAACUGUCAGAGAAGAUGAUAAGGCAGUUUUGCUUGAAGGAGGCCUAUCAAAAUCCCCAUCUACAAUGCUUCGGAACAUGUCUACGAAAACAAAAAUUAUACGAUUUAUAACGAUGGAGGAGUCCUUUCUUCUUGAAAACCGUGCCGUAAUGAGAGCAAUGGCUGAAUUUGGCAUUGUGCUGGUUUACUUUUAUGUUUGUGACCGGACAAACACAUUUCCUGAAAGCAAGAAGAGUUACAACCGUGAUCUGUUUCUAUUUCUGUACAUCCUUCUCAUCAUAGCGUCAGCAUUGACUUCACUUAAGAAACACAAUGAAAAAUCAGCAUUUUCAGGGAAAUCCAUACUCUACCUUAACCGCCAUCAAACUGAGGAAUGGAAAGGUUGGAUGCAGGUCUUGUUUUUAAUGUACCACUAUUUCGCUGCCACAGAAAUCUACAAUGCAAUCCGCAUUUUCAUUGCUGCUUAUGUCUGGAUGACUGGGUUUGGAAACUUCUCGUACUAUUACAUUAAAAAAGACUUCAGCCUGGCACGAUUUGCUCAGAUGAUGUGGAGGCUCAAUUUUUUCGUGGCCUUUUGUUGCAUAGUCCUUGAUAAUGAUUACAUGCUGUAUUACAUAUGCCCAAUGCACACACUUUUUACACUUAUGGUAUAUGGUUGCCUUGGUCUGUUCAACAAAUACAACGAGAUACCAUCUGUGAUGGCUAUGAAGAUUGUGGGUUGCUUCUUAGUGGUGAUCUUGAUAUGGGAGAUUCCUGGUGUAUUUGAGCUUUUGUGGAGGCCUUUUACAUUUCUGCUGGGAUACAAAGACCCAGAACCUUCAAAAGCGAACUUACCCCUUUUGCAUGAGUGGCAUUUCCGAUCCGGUCUUGAUCGUUAUAUUUGGAUUAUCGGGAUGAUCUAUGCUUACUUCCAUCCAAAUGUUGAAAGGUGGAUGGAAAAGCUUGAAGAAUCUGAAACUAAGGUUAGGUUGUCAAUCAAGGGAACCAUUGUUACCACUUCUGUGGUGGCUGGUUAUUUGUGGUAUGAAUAUAUUUACAAGCUAGACAAACUUACGUACAACAAGUACCAUCCUUACACAUCGUGGAUUCCUAUAACUGUUUAUAUUGCUUUACGUAAUUGCACCCAGCAGCUGAGGAGUGCCUCAUUGACUCUUUUUGCCUGGCUCGGCAAGAUUACACUAGAGACCUAUAUCUCUCAGAUCCACAUUUGGCUCAGGUCUAGCAUGCCAAAUGGGCAACCAAAAUGGCUUUUAUCUUUCAUUCCGGGUUAUCCGAUGCUCAACUUUAUGCUUGUCACAGCAAUAUACCUUCUUAUAUCUUACAGAGUGUUUGAGCUAACAACCAUCUUGAAGUCAGCUUUUAUUCCCAGUAGAGACAACAAUCGUCUAUAUCAAAAUUUUGUAGCUGGGAUCAUCAUCUCCUUAUGUCUAUAUUUCUGCUCAGUUAUACUUCUCAAGAUUACAGUUGUAUAGGAACAUGAUCUUGAUACAAGGCCAUUUCUGUGAAAUGUUGUCUUACCUAGGAUGAUCAGUCGCUGCCUCAUUUCCACGUUGCAGUUGGAGAGAAAGAAAGAGGCUUAUUAAGGUAUGUCGAAUGCUUAUACGCCUGAGUGCAGAUGCUCCAGAUUUUUUUUUUCUGUUUACCAGUUAUUGUACACAAUUAGGCAGUCGGUGCAUUCCUUUGGGAGUUGUAACAGCUGGUUGGACUUGCAUUCCUACGUGUUUACAAAUGCACGAGAGAUUUAUGUUGCAUCGAAGUUUUUCUUCUCAACCAUAUAAUGGUAGAUUCGUUUACUGAUGUAAUUUUAGAAUAGCUAUACUCCAUCGUGUACUACACAAAUCAAUACAAAUGAUACAAUGUUGUUCUUCCUGAAAGCUCUUGUGGCUGUUUGGA